GAAAUCGAAGAACGAUAGGUUUGAAAUCGACUGGCAUUUUAACACAGAAAAAACAAAUGGAAAUGGAUGACAAUUGGUGGGUAACCAAUUUAAAGGCCCUGGAGUCGAGGCCACAACGUAUGGAGGCGCUGACCGCUAUGAACACAACCAUCGCAAGGGAGGCGGCUCUUCCGCGUCAAACAAUUGAACGCCUGCUGACCACGGCGGAAUUGUAUGACUGCGCCAAUCCCGCCGCGGAUUCCCAUGCUCCCAAGGAUCAGGCUGUGGACGUGACCCUGGAGUUGCUGUGCCACUGCCUUGAUCAGCUGACGAUGGACACCGCCGACGAACAGCUGCCCAGUCUGCUGAGACGGGGCUUGACCCACUCGAAUCCAGCCUUGCGUGCCCAGGUGUUGGCCAGUUUGCUCAAGGAACUGCGUCGCCAGUUGACCGCCGGACAGGUUCGCACCCUGCCCAACAAUGAGCUUAUUUUCCUCAUCUUGGACGAGCUGAAACAACCGGAUACGGAGGGUACCUCUGUGGCCAUCAAUAUUCUGUCCAUUGUGCUGGCUCAGCGAAUCAGCGAUCCCGAUGUGCAGGCAAAGCUAGUACAGCUCCUAAAGCAAAAUGAGAUCGUGCGCUGUUGCGCCUACGAAUUGGCAGUGGUCCUGGCCAAGAAAAGUGCCACCUUACUCAAUGCCGUCACGUUUAUUCUGGAUGCGGCGCUCAGCGAACUGGACAAUGACGAUGUUUUAUUGCAGGCUAGCGUAAUGGAGCUCCUAGUGCCACUGGCCGAACAAAACCAUGGCCUCUCUUACAUGGAACGUCGUCGCGUUUUGGAUAUACUCAGCUUUCGGGUCCAACGCAUCGAAGAGCACCCGCUAGACGCCCUGCUCAUUCCCAGCAUUAUGAAGUUUUUCGGCAAAAUUGCAGUAUACCAGCCUCUGAAGAUCAUUGGCGGCUACCCGCACAUGCUGGGCUGCUUGUUUGUGCAGCUGCUAUCGGAGGAUGAGAGUAUUCUGCCCACCGCCAUGGAUACGCUUGCCAAUUUGGCCACUUCUCCGCAGGGUAAGAUACUGCUGAACAUGCACUUUAGCGCGGACAUGGAGAAGUCCUUUGAGAGGUAUGGCUCGCACAUUAAGAAGCUAUCGGCGCACAUCAAGGAGAGGCUGCUCAACUCCCUGGAUGUGAUUUAUGACUUCAAGACGCCGCCUGCCAAAGAAAUCAAUACCAUUCUUAAAAACUGGUACGAGUGCUUCGCUGGGGGAGCGCAUGCUAAUACCAUCAUGGACCUGAUCAACACUCCGUUUCCCGAUCUCCAAAUGGCCGCCUUGGCGCUUUUGAAGACCAUUUGUAAGUACAACUGGGGCAUUGUAGCUCUAAAGAAUACGGGCGGUGCUGUGGAAUUCCUGCUUUCGCGUCAAAAGGAUCUGCACAGGGACAUUAAGUAUAUGAAGUGGCAAAUUAUGGAGAUUCUGUCCGCUAGCGCUGAGUUUUCGCCCACCGAAACCAUCCGUUUCACGGCCUAUGUGAACGAGGGACCUUAUCACGUCCAGGCGGAUCUCGAUGUAGCCACUGAACCUCAGGGCAACGCCUAGAGAGCGGUAUGCCAAGCAUUUGCGGCCUUCGAUUCAAAAUCGUAUGUUCAACAGCUUCAAUUAACAUCUGAAUAUGUAUUUAUAGAAUUACAAUAAGAUUUAACUAUUAGAUCACAUGUAACAAUAUCCCAUUGGGCAGGUCGAAUAAAUGGGGAUGCAACAAA